CCGAACAGAAAACGUCACUUACUUGAAGGCAGUAAAACGCAGCUGUGUAAAUAUUGACAUCUGGCUGUUAAUAAUCACGUUUUUCGUGUGUAUGCUAGUGCAGAUGUUUUAUUACGCAGGGAUAAUGCGAGUUUACGCGCCAUGUAUGUUGUGAAUAUUUAAAAACUGAUGUGUAGAAGCAGAAUAUUAUCUAAAGAUUGGUUAAUGUGUGUACACCAGGAGGAUACAUGAUGCCAGGGUGCAGAGGCUGCCUGCAAACCUUGAGGCAGAGACUCAAGGUGGACCUGUUCAGAGAAGUGGGCCGCCAGUAUCCGGUCUUCUGCUUCCUCAUGCUUUCCUUGCUUCUCUCCACCCUUCUUCUGAAUAGAUAUCUUCACGUCUUGAUGGUUUUCUGGUCUUUUCUGGCUGGGGUCGUUGUUUUCUAUUGUUCACUUGGCCCUGAAUCUCUCUUGCCCAACAUCUUAUUUACAAUAAAGCCAAAAGCCAAGCAUGAACAGCAGGAGCUGUUCCCCUUGGGUCACAGCUGUGCAGUGUGUGGGAAAAUAAAGUGUAAGCGCCACAGACCAACCCUGCUGCUGGAAAACUAUCAACCAUGGUUGGAUUUGAAAGUACACUCUAAAGUGGAUGCUUCCCUUUCAGAGAUUCUGGAAUUAGUCCUAGAAAACUUUAUCUAUCCUUGGUACAGGGAUGUCACAGACGAUGAGGCAUUUGUGGAUGAGUUAAGGGUGACGCUACGCUUUCUGGCAGCGGUUUUGGUUCGCCGCGCUCAGAAGGUGGAUAUUCCAUCUCUCAUUACGCUGAAACUGCUGAAAGCUGCUAUGAAACAUAUUGAAAUAAUUACUAAAGCACGACAGAAAGUGAAGAGUGCAGAGGGUUUGCAGCAGGUGGCUCUGGAGGAAUAUGGACCCGAUCUCCACGUGGCCCUGCGGAGCCGGAGGGAGGAGUUGCUCUACCUCCGGAAGCUAACAGAGAUGUUGUUCCCCUUCAUCCUCCCACCAAAAGCCACUGACUGCCGAUCCCUCACGCUUCUAAUACGGGAGGUCCUUGCUGGCUCCGUUUUUCUUCCCUCCAUGGACUUCUUGGCUGACCCUGAUACAGUGAAUCGUUUGCUACUUAUAUUCAUCGAUAACUCUCCACCCGAGCGAGCCACAGAGCCCUCCUCAACCAUGGUCCCCUUUCUGCAGAAGUACUCGGACCCCCGAAACAAGAAGUCAUCUGUGCUGAAGUUAGAGCUGAAGGAGAUCCGCGAGCAGCAGGACCUCCUCUUUCGCUUUAUGAACUUCCUGAAGCAGGAGGGCGCUGUGCAUGUGCUCCAGUUCUGCCUCACGGUGGAAGAGUUCAACGACAGGAUUUUGUGUCCAGAGCUUCCUGACUCAGAGCUGCUUUUGCUUCACGAAGAGGUCAAGAAGAUCUACGAGACCUACUGCCUGGAUGAGAGUGUCGACAAGAUUCGUUUUGACCCCUUCAUUGUGGAUGAAAUUCGACAAAUUGCCGAGGGUCCCUACGCAGACGUGGUGAAGCUGCAAACCAUGCGGUGUCUGUUUGAGGCAUACGAACAAGUUCUGUCCCUCCUGGAAAACGUCUUCACGCCCAUGUUCUGUCACAGUGACGAGUAUUUCAGGCAGUUGCUGAGAGGCGCUGAAUCCCCAGUGAGGAACUCCAGACUGAGCAGAAAUAGCCUGAGUUUGGAUGACAUCCGCGUCCCUGGGCACGGCUGCGCUCAGGGCCCCCCGUCCCCGACCGUCACACCCGCCUCCCCCCAUGUUCAAUCCAUUCUAACCCUCCCAUCCGGCAUCCUAACUUCGCUCCCUGGCACACUGAAGAGCAGCUCGAAACGCGGCGAGAGCUUUGGGAUCAGCCGCAUCGGCAGCAAAAUCAAGGGCGUAUUUAAGAGCAGCACCAUGGAGGGUGCCAUGCUUCCCUCCUACGGCCUGAUCGAAGGCGAGGAUGACAUGGUGGAGGAGGCCGUGAUGGUCUUGGAGGAUGACGGUCCCGUCGAGGUGGCCAGCACACCCAGCACCCCACGCAACCUCUCUGCCUGGGACAUCAGCAUCCCCUACGUUGACUUCUAUGACGAUGAAGUGAAGAGGGAGAGAAUUCCCGUCUUCUGCAUCGAUGUGGAGCGCAAUGACAGGAAGGCGGUUGGUCACCAGAUGGAACACUGGUCCGUCUAUAGACGAUACCUGGAGUUCUACGUCUUAGAAUCAAAGCUCACUGAGUUUCAUGGCUCCUUUCCAGAUGCCCAAUUGCCCUCCAAAAGAAUAAUUGGACCAAAAAAUUAUGAGUUCCUCACAUCCAAACGGGAGGAAUUCCAGGAAUAUCUACAGAAGCUGCUUCAGCACCCAGAACUCAGCAACAGCCAGCUGCUGGCUGACUUCCUGUCCCCCCACAGCAUGGAGUCUCAGUUCCUGGACAAGAUGCUGCCAGACGUCAACCUGGGAAAAAUUAUCAAAUCAGUCCCUGGGAAACUGAUAAAGGAGAAAGGCCAGCACCUUGAGUCUUUCAUUCAGUCCUUCUUCAAUUCCUGUGAGUCCCCGAAACCGAAACCCAGCCGACCAGAGCUGACUAUCCUAAGCCCCACGUCUGAGAAUAACAAGAAGCUUUUCAAUGACUUGUACAAAAACAAUGCCAACCGCUCCGAGGUCACAGAGAAGAAGCACAACCAAAACUACUUCAUGGAGAUGGUCACGGUGGAAGGGGUGUACGACUACCUGAUGUAUGUCGGCAGAGUGGUGUUCCACAUUCCUGAUUGGCUACAUCAUCUGCUGAUGGGUGGGCGGAUAUUGUUCAAGAACACGCUGGAGGCCUACACUGACUACUACCUACAGUUCAAGCUAAACCAGGUGUUCCAGGAGCACCGUGUGGUCUCUCUCAUUACUUUGCUCAGAGAUUCAGUCUUCUGUGAAAGCAGUGAACCGCACUCUUUUGAAGACAGGCAGAAAAGAGCCAAGAAAACAUUUGAAGAAAUGAUAAACUACAUACCAGACUUCUUGGGUAAAUGUAUUGGGGAGGAGGCCAAGUACGAAGGCAUCCGGCUCCUCUUUGAGGGCCUGCAGCAGCCAGUUCUCAAUAAGCAGCUGACAUACGUUCUGCUUGAUAUUACCAUACAAGAGCUUUUCCCUGAACUAAACAAGCAGGUGCAGAAGGACACCCCCCUCACGGCUCCUUGGAUGUAAAAAAAAAAAAAACAAAAAAAAACACUAUGGGGCCCUCACUGACAUCCAGUCCCAAGUCUCUUUUAUAUAAAUAAUGUACAAUAUACUGUAAAGAUGACAGGUAGCUGGAAGAGGGUGAACUUGUCUGCAUAUUAUCUAUUUAUACUGUGACAUCUCAUUAGUCACGAGUACAUAUUUACAUUUAAAGAACUAACAGAUAAACAUGGUAAUUUCACAAUCGACAAACACUGAAAUCUGUUGAAGAGCACUGGAUUUUAAAUUAACUUGCACUGAAGAAAAUAUUUAUUAAUAUUAUAGCUAAAUUAAAUGUCUUGCAGGUGUUGAUGGGUAAGACUUUUGAUUUCAAAAUGCUCUUUCUUCCCUUUUUUUC